AUGGCUGUCUCGGACGAACUCGAAUACCUGAAGUCGCUCGUUUCUCAACUGAACGAGAAGAUUGAGGCAUUGGAAGCGAGGGCAAAGGAUGCGGUCACCGGUCCCAAAACGCCAGCGCAGCAGUUGCGGACAAUCCUCAUCGGCCCUCCCGGCGCAGGCAAGGGGACACAGGCUCCCCGCAUUCGGGACCAAUUCUGCGUCUGCCAUCUCGCGACCGGUGACAUGUUGCGCGAGCAGGUCGCUAAGAAGACUAAACUCGGCGCCGAGGCGAAGAAAAUCAUGGAUGCAGGUGGUCUUGUCAGCGACGAUAUCAUGGUCGGCAUGAUCAAGGACCAGCUGGAACACAAUAAGGCUUGCAAGAAUGGCUUCGUGCUCGACGGCUUCCCGCGGACAGUCCCCCAAGCUGAGAAGCUGGACUCCAUGCUCGAGACUCGUAAGGAGAAGCUUGACUCGGUUAUCCAGCUCGUCAUCAACGACCAACUGCUCAUCUCUCGGAUUACCGGCCGGCUCAUUCACCCUUCCAGCGGACGGACAUACCACAAGGAGUUCAGCCCUCCUAAGAAGUCUGGCGUGGACGACGUGACUGGCGAGCCCCUGGUGCAGCGUUCGGAUGAUAACGUCGAGGCGCUCACCAAGCGGCUAGGUGUCUUCCACUCGCAGACGGGACCUGUCGUCGAAUACUACAAGAAGAAGGGGCUCUGGCAUCCAAUCGACGCCGCUCAAUCACCGAGCGUGGUGUGGGAUAACUUGAGCAAGGUCUUCAAGGCCUCAUAG